ACCCACUCGCCACCUCAUGCAGCUGCUCACAGGAGAGCCAUUAAUUAGUCACGGAAAAGAAAGCAUUUUGAGCCAGACUGUUUCAACGUAGAUAUAGAAACAGGAACGGAGAAAUGCCCGUAGUGAAUACAUUAUUAUUCUUUUUUAAGGUCUGCUCGACCUAAUUGCAUUUCAACAUAAUACAUUUACACCAAACCUACAGUAGGCCUAGGCCUAGCUAGGCCACGCGCAGAACAUUCAUUGUAUGUUAUUUCAUAAGUGAAAGAAUGGCUUUUGUUGUGGAUUUGCUUUACUCUGAGCUCGAAGAGAGACUUGACUCGCUCGUCUCUGAAUGAAUCCGAUCCACUCAUGGUGACCACGUAGCCGGCUGAUAAGCGGGACUGACUGACUCGCGCGAGCAUCGACAACUCACGAGUCAUCGAGUGGACCGCGAGCUUCCGACUCUGAGUGUGCGGGUUCUCUUCUUCCAUGGUCGGAUAACCUGUCUCGGACUGUCUCUCUGCUCACUCAGGCGCUUGUGGAUUUGUUACCCUGUUGCCUACGAAAUUGUAAGUUAUAAAGCCUUUUGCAGCUAAGAUGGCUAGGACUAGUAGUAGCUAAUGUUGCAAGAGGUUUGUGUGUGGCGCUGUUAUCAUUUUAGAUUGAAUUGUAGGAGGACUCACCUGAACAGGGUUAAAGAUACUAGAGACUCGCGUUUCGUGAUUCAAUUUAAAAACUCUGGUUAAAGAGCCGAGUUUAUCACGACUCAAACAGGUGUAGGUGAAACCUGAGAAGCUGUAAUCAGCACACCUGUUCGCUACGCCCAUCUUUGUCCCUUCCCGUUUCUGUUCGGAGUGUAUAGGAAAUGGCUGCAGCAACUAUUUCUAUUGAACAAGACCAGUUUUGUUGUUCAGUGUGCCUGGAGGUUUUAAGAGACCCGGUGACGAUUCCCUGUGGACACAGCUACUGCUUGGACUGCAUUGAAGAUUACUGGACAAAGGUCAAGCAGAAAGGCCAGUACAGCUGCCCACAGUGCAGGCAGGUGUUUAAUCCCAGGCCUCUGCUGAGUAGAAACACAGUUCUGGGCGAAGUGGUGGAAAAGUUUCAGAGAUCUGGAUUUCAAGACGCAGCUCGACACUUGGCCAAACCCGAGGAAGCGAAAUGCAGUGUUUGCACAUUGAGAAAAAGCAAAGCUGUAAAAUCCUGCCUUGUGUGCUCCGAGUCUUACUGUGCUGUUCACUUGAGAGUCCACGAAGAACGCUUUCAUGGGAAGGUCCAUAAAUUGGUCCCAGCCGUGGAUCAGCUGAGGGAGAAGCUGUGCCCACAUCAUGAUAAAUCCCUGAGGCUGUACUGUCGCACUGACCAGCAGUGUGUGUGUUCCCAGUGUGUCAAAGAGAAACACAAGGGCCAUGAUGCAGUCUCAGUGGUGGAUGAGAGAGCAACACAACAGAAAAAACUCCAAGAAGCCUCUUUGAAGUCUGUGCAGAAAUUGAAGGACACGGAGAAGGAACUUAGAUACGUUGUCCGAUACAUUAAGCACUCGACGGAAGCAGCAGUGGAGGAGAGCGAGAGGGUUUUCUCCAAGUUGAUCCGCUCCAUAGAGAAACAAAGCAGUGAGGUGAAGGAGGUGAUGAGAGUCCAGGAGAGAGCAGCUGUCAGUCAGGCCGAGGAGCUGCUGGAGAAGAUCCAGAGGGACGUAACCGAGCUCAGGAGGACCGGUGCUGAGCUGGAGAAGCUUUCUGGCACUGAGAACCACAUCCACUUUCUUCAGAAGUGCAAGUCUCUUCAUUUCCCUACAAAGACUGUGGAGAUGCCCAGCACUGAUGCACUUCAAUAUUUGAUGUAUAAAACCAUGAGAGGAGCCCUAGCUGAUCUCAAAGACAGUCUGGAUGAAACACUUGAAAGAGAAUUCAACAGGAUCUCUGAUAAAGUCAUUUCACUGAAGGAGACCAGCAAUCAAAGUACCUCUGAAAAGACUAAAGUCAUUUCACUGAAGGAGACCAGCAAUCAAAGUACCUCUGAAAAGACUAAAGUAAAAGACACUGAGGUACCAUACAACUCAGAACCGAAGACAAGAGCUGAUUAUCUACAAUAUUACAACGAUAUAACCCUGGACCUGAACACAGCCAACCCUUAUCUAAGCUUCUCUGACGGUCAAAGAGAGGUGACCACACGUUCGGAGCCACAGCCAUACCCGGACCAUCCGCAUCGCUUCACCAGCUGGGCCCAGGUGCUGUGCAGAGCUGGGAUGGCUGGACGCUGCUACUGGGAGGUAGAGUGGGCUGGUAAAGGAGGGGUUUCCAUCGGCGUCUGCUACAAAACCAUGGGCAGGAGUGGAGCAGGGAGCGACUGUAAGCUUGGACACAACUCCAAAUCCUGGAGCCUGGACUGCUCUUACUCAGUCUGUUCAUUUCAGCACAAUAAGGAGGGUUUGACCAUCGCUGCUCCGUGCUGCAGCAGGAUAGGCGUGUAUCUGGACUUCAGGGGUGGGACUUUGUCUUUCUAUAAUGUUUCUGAUACAAGGGUUUUACUCCAUAAAGUCAAGACUACAUUCACCCAGCCUGUAUACCCAGGAUUUUGGGUGGGUUUGAGCUCUACUUUGAGGCUGUGCUCUCUUUAAAUGAAAUGACUGCACUCCAUCAACGGUUCUCAAGUAACUUUGUAAAUAUGGGGUUCAAAAUAUUAAUGUUGACUGAGAAUAAUAAUGAAACUGAGACCGAGGUUUGUGUUUAAAAUGUUUAUUUUAAUAACCGUGCAACUUGGGAACAGCAGCAACACUUUGGUGCGGUAGGUAACAAGCUUAUUGAAGGCAGCAUCAUCCACAUCCUGGAUCUGCAAAGGAAGACAUUUUCAUAAACUCAACGAUCUAUAUUUGUUUGAGCACAUUUAUGUAAUAAUAUAGGGAUUUGUUGUGCAUCAAAUCCAAUUGUAAAUAAACAAUUUGUUCAUUCUG